AACCAAGGAGCCCUUAGAGGAAGCGGAAGAAGCUGGGAAGGAGCCGAGGGCGGAAGUGGCGCUGAUUGAGAUUUGGAGUCGGAGUAAAGGGGAUACCGAGUAGGAGGAAGACAGGUCGUGGCGGGAGCGGAGGCGACGGUCCCGCAGGCGGGAGCGGCUGGCAAUUGGAUAUUCUAGCCAAUUGGGAAGCCUUGCCUCCUCCUCCUCCUCCUAGGAGCUUGAGAUCCUCGUAACAGGCUAUGGCAGGCCGCGGUGGAGCUGCAAGACCAAAUGGACCAGCUGCAGCAAAUAAGAUCUGUCAGUUCAAACUGGUGCUUCUGGGAGAGUCGGCCGUCGGAAAGUCCAGCCUUGUGUUGCGCUUCGUAAAAGGACAGUUUCAUGAGUACCAGGAAAGCACUAUUGGGGCUGCUUUCCUCACACAGACCAUCUGCCUAGAUGACACAACAGUCAAGUUUGAGAUAUGGGAUACAGCUGGGCAGGAACGUUACCACAGUUUGGCACCCAUGUAUUAUCGGGGUGCACAAGCAGCUAUUGUUGUUUAUGACAUCACCAACAUGGACACUUUUGUGCGAGCCAAGAACUGGGUGAAGGAACUUCAGAGACAAGCCAGCUCGAACAUAGUCAUUGCCCUGGCAGGAAACAAGGCUGAUUUGGGCAGCAAGCGAGCUGUUGACUUCCAGGAGGCCCAGACGUAUGCAGAAGAUAACAGCUUGCUGUUUAUGGAGACAUCAGCAAAGACAGCAAUGAAUGUGAAUGAAACCUUCAUGGCAAUAGCUAAGAAACUCCCCAAAAAUGAACCACAGAGUGCAGCAGGGGCAGCGGGCAGAAAUCGAGGUGUCGACCUUCAAGAGAGUAACCAGUCCAGCAGGGGGCAGUGUUGCAGCAACUGAGGGAUCGUUGCCAGCUCCUCUGAGCAGCCCCAACUGGAAUGCGCCUGAACCGAUCCAUCGCACUUACAGGAGACCAGCUGCCAGGAUCCCCUCUUCUUUUCUCCCAGUCUCCCUUGGCUACUGUGAUUCCCCCCCCUCUCCCCCUCUUUACUCUUCUGAUUUGUACUAUGGCAAGAGGUGCAAAACAAACAAAACCAACCCAGCUGCUCCUCUUCAAUAUCAAUAAUGACAUCCUAUUUUUAGAAGUCUUACAUGUCUUUUUAAAAACACAAAUGAACUGCGGCACCCUCUUCCUGCUUUUCAUGGGUAGGUGGUGAUGUGUGUUUUGGCCUCUCGUUUCUUCUUUCUCUGCCUUUACUUUGUGAUGGGUUUUACGGCCUUGUAUUUUGCUUGCAGCUGCUUGGAAGAAAGACGUUCUUCGUCUGGGACAAGGUGUGGCUUCUGAUGCAUCUACGUGAUGAUUCAAAGCCACUGCAACUAUUGAAAUCUUGGUAGCUGUAGGCUGGGGAAAGUGCCAAGAGAGCUGUGAGUUGUAGAAUUACUAUUCCCAUGAUUCUUUCAAUAGGAGUCAAGUUUAGAUAUGGUAUAGGCUUGCCUUUUAGAGAGCAGGUCAAAGAAUAUGCAGGUAAACCACUGAAUGAAAUCGUAGCAUUAAUGCUAGAUUGAGAGAAACCUCUAGCCUUUAAACCUUGUUUUGACCAAACCAUAAUUAUGAGUAUUCGUGGGAGCGAGAGGGUGGGGAGAGCUGAUUUUCUUCUUUAUUUUGUAAUCUACUUUUCAACAUAUAACCAAUCAGUAUCUCUUUAAUUCCAUAUACCAACUAGCCUUGCACCCGUCUCACUUGCUUUGGGUGUACCAACUACAUCUUUUUUUAUUAUUUACAUUUUGGAUCUACUGCACUAAUUCAAUGUGUUAAAGAAAAAUUGUAUUAUAAUUAUCACUUUUUUGAUGAGCAACGUGAUGCCACUGUAGCAUAAUGUUGGUGGGUGUACAAACGCAGCAGGUAGGGAGAAUGGACAAACAGGCUGAGGGGGAGGAGAAAUAAUGUGUAUUCACAUACAGACAAAAUGUUGGUAAUUCCACUGAAUAAGACUGCAGAAGGGAGAUCACAACUUUUGCUCCUCAUCUAGUGCCUGAGGCAAUUUUGUCUUACUCAUAUUGGUAUUUAAGAGAAGGAGUCAACGUCAGUCUCUUCAAUGCAAAGUUCCAGUUGUGUAUGAUUUAAAAAAUAAAUUUUUAUAAAUCAGAAAUUGA